AUGCAUCUGAGGCUGCUGCUACUGCUGAUCCUGGGAGUGCCUCCAAAAGCUGUACUUUUCUUCAGUCCUCCAUGGUCCCCGACCUUUGAAGGAGAGAGCGUGACUCUCACAUGCAGGGAAUCCCAUUUUCCAGCCAGGGAAGAUGUAUAUUGGUAUUAUAAUGGAAACUCAUUUAAAAAAUCCAAAGUGAUUCAAAUUCGAAAGUCUGGACAUUACCAAUGCAAGACCCAAAGAUCUUCCCUCAGUGACGCUGUGCAUGUGGAAUUUUCAUCUGACUGGCUGAUCCUCCAGGCUCCACACCCUGUCUUUGAAGGAGACAAUGUAGUUUUGAAAUGCCAAGGCAAAGAUGAAAAUAAAAUUAGUGAAAGGAAUUACUACAAGAAUGGAGAACGACUUGAUAUUUCUAAGAACUCAAACUCCAUCUUACUAACUUCAGUCUCCAGGGACGAUAGUGUAUAUCAAUGCAGUGCUUCAGGGAAAUAUCUUUUGAGACAAUGGAAAAAAACUUCAAAACAUCUAAGGAUCCAAGUUCAAGAGCUCUUUCCAAGUCCUGUGCUGACAGCUAGCCCCUCCUUGCCCACGGAGGGGAGCCCCAUGACUCUGACCUGUGAGACCCAGCUCUCUCCACAGAGGCCAGAUGUCCAGCUCCAGUUCCGCUUCUUCAGAGAUGUCCAUGUCCUGGGGUCAGGCUGGAGCAGCUCUGCAGAGCUCCAGAUCCCAGCCACGUGGAGUGAAGACUCAGGGUCCUACUGGUGCGAAGCAGAGACAAUGACUCCCAGCAUUGUAAAGAGGAGCCAAAGAUUCCAGAUACACGUGCAGAGAGUCCCUGUAUCUGAUGUGAAUCUAGAGAUCCAGCCUCCUGGGGGGCAGCUGGUUGAAGGAGAAAACCUGAUCCUGAUCUGCUCAGUAGCCAAGGGCACAGGUACUAUCACAUUCUCCUGGCACAGAGAGGGAAUAGUACGAAGUGUGGGCAGGAAGACCCAGAGCUCCCUGAUGGCAGAGCUGCAGAUUCCCAACAUGAAGGAGCACAAUGCAGGGCGAUACUACUGUGCAGCUGACAACACUUACGGCCCCAUCAUCAGCAAGCGGAUUACAGUCACUGUGAGAAUUCCAGUGUCUCGCCCUGUCCUCACCCUCAGGAUGCCCAGGACCCAGGCUGUGGUGGGGGACAUGGUGGAGUUUCAUUGUGAGGCCCUGAGAGGCUCCCCCCCAAUCCUGUACGAGUUUUAUCAUGAGAAUGUCAACCUGGAGAGGAGUUCAGCCCCUUCUGGAGGAGGAGUGUCCUUCAAGCUCUCCCUGACCACAGAAUACUCUGGAAACUACUCCUGUGAGGCUGACAAUGGCCUGGGAGUGCAGCACAGUCACAGAGUGAGUCUCAAAGUCACAGUUCCAGUGUCUCGCCCUGUCCUCACCCUCAGGGCCCCAGGGGUCCAGGCUGUAGUUGGCAACAUGGUGGAGCUUCACUGUGAAGCCCUGAGAGGCUCUCCUCCGAUCCUGUAUUGGUUUUAUCAUGAGAAUGUCACCCUGGGGAACAGCUCAGCCCCCUCUGGAGGAGGAGCAUACUUCAACCUCUCUCUGACUGCAAAACAUUCUGGAAAUUUCUCCUGUGAAGCCGCCAAUGGCCUGGGGGCCCAGCGCAGUGAGGCAGUGACACUCAAAGUCACAGGGACUUCCAGGAUCAGAACUGGCCUUACCACUGCUGGAGUCAUCGGGGGGCUGCUCAGCAUCCUUGGUCUCGCCACUACUGCCGCUCUGCUGGGUCACCUCAGGACCCAGAGGAGAUUGGGUGGUACUUUUUAUCCAUUGUCUCUUUCCUCUCUGUCACAUUACAGUCCCAAAGAGUGUCCCGAGCCUUCCUCGUCCAGGCCUUUCAGCACAGACCCCCCAAAUCCCCUCUACUCUGAGCCACCAACCCAGAUGGCACUGCAACCAGUGUACAGCAAUGUAAAUCCUGGAGAUAGCAACCUGGUUUAUUCCCAGAUAUGGAGCUUCCAGCAUACAAAAGAAAAUUCAGCAAAUUCACCAAGGGUACAUCGGGAGGAUGAGGAACCAGCAGUCUUUUAUUCAGAGUUGAAGAAGGUGCAGCCAGGUGACUCUGCAGGGCAGACCAGCAGUAGCGGCAGUGUCCACGAAGAUGACACAGAAAACUACGAGAAUGUCCCAUGUGCAUCAUCUGUCUCAGCCCACUAG